AAGUCUUUGCUUUGUACACUGUUGCUACAAAAUAUGACUUUUAAUUCAUGUGUCGACUCAUGAUGAGGUCUGAUUACAAUGCAUAUGAGUCAGACGUCACAAGAUUGGAUCGCGCGAGAACUUCAGGCCUACGCAUCGCGAGACUCGCGCAGCACUACCAGAGGAGUCCCUCAGAAAGAUGGCGGCGCCGCCAGAAGAAGAAAGCUUGGAGUCUCGCAUCAACAAAGCUACAAAUCCUCUAAACAAAGAUGCAGACUGGGAUAGCAUCCGAGCCUUCUGCGAUCAACUCAACAAUGAAGUGGAGGGUCCUCAGCUGGCCACCAGGCUUCUGGCUCACAAGAUCCAGUCGCCUCAGGAGUGGGAGGCCAUGCAGGCCCUGAUGGUGCUGGAGACCUGUAUGAAGAACUGUGGGAAGAGGUUCCACAGUGAGGUGGGCAAGUUUCGCUUCCUCAACGAACUCAUCAAGGUGGUGUCUCCUAAGUACCUGGGGUCCCGGGCCCCUGAGCAGGUGAAGAAGAAGGUGCUGGAGGUCAUGUACAGCUGGACUAUAGGGUUGCCAGAUGAGACCAAGAUCGCUGACGCCUACCAGAUGCUAAAGAAACAGGGCAUUAUCAAACAUGACCCAGUCCUUCCUGAUGACAUGCCCCUCCCACCACCGCCUCCUAGAGCCAAAAAUGCCAUCUUUGAGGAUGAAGAGAAAUCAAAGAUGCUCUCUCGGCUGUUAAACAGCUCUCACCCUGAAGAUCUGAGAGCAGCCAACAAGCUCAUCAAGGAGAUGGUACAGGAGGACCAGAAGCGCAUGGAGAAGGUAUCGAAGCGUGUCAACGCCAUACAGGAAGUGAAGGAGAGCGUGAGCCUGCUGACACAGCUGCUGGCAGACUACAGUAAGGAGAGCGUCUCCCAGAGCAACGAGGAUCUCAUCAAGGACCUGUAUCGGCGCUGUGAGAAGAUGAGACCCACACUUUUCAGACUGGCCAGUGACACGGAGGACAACGACGAGGCCCUGGCGGAGAUCCUGCAGGCCAAUGACAGCCUGACGCAGGUCAUCAACCUGUACAGGCAGCAGGUGAAGGGGGAGGAGGUGAACGGGGACAGCGGUGCCACACCUCAGCUCACAGGAAGCAGCACGGCCCUUCUGGACCUGACAGGAUUGGACACCUCACCCCCGGAUGCACCCUCUAUCCCAGAAUUCUCCCCUCAGGGGAGCAGUCCACUAGCGGCGUCCCAGGAGGUGGGCAUCAACCUUCUGGAUGAUGAGCUCAUGUCACUAGGUCUGAAUGAGGUCACCCCCAACUCUAACUCGGCCUCCCAGUCUGCAGAAAGCUCUGCCUGGAACGCCUUUCAGUCCUCCGAGAGCGUGGACACGGACGCUCCCGCCGUCCUGCUGCAGCCCGCGGUGACCACGCCCCCGCAGGCCCCGCCCGGCGACGCCCCGCCCGGCAACAAGGCUCUGGAGGAGCUGGACCUCCUGGGGAAAACCCUACUGCAGCAGUCCCUGCCCCCGGAGAGCCUGCAGGUUAAAUGGUCCAAGCAGGAGCCUCAGGUCAAACCUACGCUGAGGGACCUCCAGCACAAGUCCAAUCCCAGCCCGAGUCCCAGCCCCAUCCCGGCCUUCUCCACCGAGGCUCUCCUCAACCCCCAGCCCGGCCUCGCCCCGGGGCUGUCCCCUGCACCCCCCUCCGAAAUCUCACUGACUGAUGUGACUGUGCCCCUGGAGUCCAUCAAGCCCAGCAACCUGCUGCCGGUGACGGUGUUCGACAGACACAGUUUGCGGGUGCUGUUCCACUUUGCGCGGGACUGCCCCCCCUCUCGGCCCGACGUGCUGGUGGUGGUCAUCUCCAUGCUCUCCUCCGCCCCCAUCCCCGUCACCAGCAUCCGCUUCCAGGCGGCUGUUCCCAAGGUGAUGAAGGUGAAGCUGCAGCCCCCCUCAGGGACGGAGCUCCCAGCCUUCAACCCCAUCCUCCCCCCUGCAGCCAUCACUCAGGUCCUGCUGCUGGCCAACCCUCACCAGGAAAAGGUGCGGUUGCGAUACAAGCUUACCUUCACUCUGGGUGAAGAAGCCCACGAUGAAUCUGGUGAUGUAGAACAGUUCCCCCCUCCAGAGACCUGGGGGAAACUUUAGUGAAAUGGACCGACUUCCUGUCACAUGACCAGCUGUUUCCUACAUGUCCUGCCUCUUCUCAUCUUGUGUUCUCCCCCUGUCUGUACCAGCCCACCUGUGUGAAUUCAGCCCUUUUAUUUUAAAUCAUUCCAAUAGUUUUUCAGUCCUAAAAUCAAACACCUCCACCUCUGUUCCCCAGUAUAUACUAUUUUAAUGAACUGUAAAUUGCAAAUUAAAACAUUUCAAUGACUUGUGGGAGCAAGGCAGGCCUUUUACAUUGAAACUGAGUAUACUGUACACUAUACUGUCAUUUAUACUAGUAUAGUACAAAGUAAUGUAUUGGUGUCUGUUUUUAUUAUCAGUGAGGGACAGAUAGUUUGGCAAAUGAAUGUUUCACGAUUAUGAUUUAGGAAGCAGUGGUGUGGUCUAAUUGGCAAAGUGGGCGAUUGGGUCUAACCUAUGACAUAAUGAAGUUAUUUUUUUACCGUGACAUUAACACAGUAAUUGGCUCAUUACAUCUUCAAUCAAAGGGAGCACCUUUUACAUCUGCUGUAGCCCAAGUGAUUUUGUUUUCAUUUGCGUAAUGAAACGUUUCCCUGUCGGUUGAGUAACGCAGCCAUUUUGCAUUUUAGUAUGUUGUGUAAAUGCAUGUCUGAUACUUUCCCUAUGUGAAACCUUUACCUUCUUCCCCUUUUAUGUUUUGUUGUGUCGAACCAAACCUCCACCCACCUUUCACCUUUUUAUUUUGCACAGAAAACCCUUCCCUUUGUUCCUGAACUGAUACCUACUGCUGUGGUCAUGCACAGUGGAAAAACGUAUUCAGUGCUUCAUCCACAAAUCGUCCACACUGAAGUCUUGUUUAAUCUGCCGUAUGUGCCUAUUCUGACGCUAAAUUUUGUUACUUACACACCCAUCUUUUCUGUAUAUAUUUUUUGGUCAUUAAAUUUAUAUCCUGUUUGGGAGUUCUCAGUAUGGCAGUUUGUCAAAGUCCAGUUGAAGUACUGUGUUUUUUUUGAAUAGUUAUGGGCAGUUGUGUGUCAGGAAAGAGGAAGUAAAUCUUACUACAUACAGUACAUAUUGUUUGCGUGUGAAAAGAUUUAUUCAUUUUUUCCUUGAGGUGGGUGGUUCCUGGUCAAAUUUAGCUUUUCUUUUUCUUUGAAGUUUAUCGCUUUCGCUUUAUCGCAGAUGUCCUGGGCAGAAUCCUUCCUUCUGCCCAGAACAUUGCCGUGGGAGAUCCACCCUUGUAGCCAGAGGAGAUAAUUUAUUCUACAGCACUCCUGGCCCGAGCGGUGUAAAGCCAGUGUUAUCAGCAUGUUUAGACACAACCCACAUGGACAACCACAGCCUCCCACCCCAGCUCUGACUCUGUAAAUACUGUCAGCAUUGCAAUUAUGUACAUAUGCCAAAAGAAACACAAAUGUGCAGAGGACUGGCGAACAUGCAGUGCAAAUAUGUAUUUAAGGGGAAAUAAAGUUAUUCUUUCUCUUGGGGUUUCA